UCUCGGGACUUGAUUAGCUGCGCCUGCUCCGAACGCGGAGAGUUAUUUUUCUCCGAGGCAAGAUGGCCGCGUCAGUGGCUGGGGCUGCCCCACUGGGCAAGGGGUUGGACAUCAGCUUGGCGGCUCUCCAGCGGCACGACCCCUACAUCAGCAGCAUCUUGGACGUGGCCAGCCAGGUGGCGCUCUACACUUUCGGGCAUCGCGCCAAUGAGUGGGAGAAGACUGAUGUGGAAGGAACACUAUUUGUGUAUACAAGAUCAGCUUCGCCCAAGUAUGGAUUUACCAUUAUGAAUAGGCUGAGCAUGGAAAAUCGGACAGAACCCAUAACAAAGGAUCUGGAUUUCCAGUUGCAGGAUCCUUUUCUACUCUACAGAAAUGCUAAAUUGUCCAUUUAUGGAAUUUGGUUUUACGAUAAGGAAGAAUGCCAAAGAAUUGCAGAGCUGAUGAAAAAUUUAACUCAGCAAGAACAACUGAAAGCACAACAGGGAUCUGGCAUAGGAAUUUCACCAGUCAGCCUCAGCUCUGGUGACAGGAAAGACAUGGAUAUCUUACAGAUGCUCACCAGAGCCAAAGAUGAAUACACAAAGUGUAAAACAUGUUCCGAGCCAAAACAAAUGACCAGCUUUUCUGCCCUAUACCACAAUCCCAACUUGAUCAAGCCAAUCCCUCUAAAGCCCAGGGAAAGUCAGAAAGUCCAGAACACAGACUCCGAGCCUCAGCACCUGUCCCUUAUGACUCUCUUUGGGAAGCAGGAAAAAUCAAGCCUAUACCAAAAUGUCUCAGAGCCAUCUCAGAAACCCCACCAAGAUCAUUUUCCUCCAAGGCAGGGAGUCGUACGCGCUUUCUCGUACGAGGAACCCGGAAGACACUCGCCCACAACAGAGAAGCAGCUCUGUCCGGCCAUUCAAAAACUGAUGGUGCGCGGGCCGGAGCUUCACCCAGUCUCCGAACUUCCGGAGAACCGCCUCUGCGAGAAUGGCAGCCAGCCUUUCAUGGGGGAAGCUUUCACUGGGCUCUUCCAGCCUGUGACUUCACAGAGCAUCGGGAGUUCUCAUCCCGCCCAGAAUACCGCUUGCACAAGGAGCCUGCUCCAGCAGUUGCAAGGCCAGUCCGAACAGAUGACUAAAAUGGAAGCGAACAGCAUAGGAUUAGCAAAUCCAGCUGCCCCAGCCUUCAACAGGACUCCGGCCAUCUCCUUGGUGGCCCAGGUAAACAGUGUAAUACAGCCACCCAUGAUGUACUUCAAUGGUUCCCUGCCAAGCCAAGCUCUUGGUAAAGAACAAUCCAAACCUCCUAAGCAGUCACAUCCUCUUCCGGGGAACCACUCUGGAAAUUCCGGCAUAAUUUCACCUCAGGAGCUGUUGAAGAAACUGCAGAUAGUGCAGCAGGAACAACAGUUGCACAUAGCCAGUCGGCCAACCUUAGCGGCCAAGUUUCCUGUCGUUACUCAGCCCUCCGCCACUCUGAAACCUUUGGAUUCUUGGAUGGACAAGGCUUCGGCUACAGAAAAGCAGCCCCCUCUUCUUCAGGUCAUCUCCCCGCAGCGGAUUCCCGCUACUAUAGCUCCAUCCCUGCUGAUGUCCCCAAUGGUAUUUAGCCAGACUGCCCCACAGCUGCCAAAACCAAGUGAAAGUGGAUGGCUGCCAGUCAUGAAUCAAGAAAGUACUUCUGGAUCAGCAAACCUUCUUCUGCCUCUACAGAACUCAGAAGCAACCAUCCCAAAGACCAACCCAUUAACCAAGUUACAACUACAGGAAACGCUUCUGCAUCUGAUUCAGAAUGACGACAACUUCCUAAACGUCAUCUAUGAUGCUUAUCUAGGCAGCGUGAGAAAAGCAGCACUGAAAAAGCCCAUCUGAAGCAUAACAUUUUAAUUAAAUGUAGCCUGGUUUUCAUGUUUGGAACAGCAACAGAACGGAAGAGGUUUUUAACCUCCCGCAAGACUUUAAAUUAUCUUCAUUGGAAGCGUAUCUUGUUUGAAGAAAUUAGUAAAUGGGAUUAUUAGUGCCUUCCUGAUUACAGUGUGAAAACAACAUCAAAAUAACUUAUAUUGUGGCUCCUUAAAAAAAAAAGGUGUAGAUUCUACAAAAGCCACUGCAUUCAUUAAAAUAACAAAAAACAGUUAUAAUGGUGUCAUCUGCAAGCUCCUCCCCUUUCAUCUGUGCAUAUAUCAUGAUGUGUGUACCCAAGGCAUGGGACGUGUUGCAUCAGGGCUUUUUUUGUCCUUUGCUUCCCACCUGGAUGCCACUUCAUUGACGGUAUGCUGGCUUGUAUAAAGAUCAAUACGGUUGCUUGGGUUUUUCCAGGUUUGGUGGGUUUUUAAAUGUAUAAUGGCUAUUAAUUAUGUAGGUACUGAAAGGCCCUGCAUGCUUCAAAAACUUAUUCAGAGAAGUACUUCAAACUUCAUAGGAACGCAGAAAAUACUUGCUAUUUGUUAAAGACAUUUUGUUCUUUUCCCAGGCUUCUGCGAGAAAGGGGGGGAAAAAAGGAUAACGCUUUCAGGAAACCACUCCUCAGCUCUUAAAGCAGUAGCACCUUUUUUCUGGCUUGGGCAGAAGUCUGAAAAAAAAGUGGAGAUACUCAAUUAAUAGAGAGUUGCUGGGUGGCACAAGGUCUGAAGGCUUCUUCUGAAUUCUUUUUGGAGUAUGCACAGUUUGGCUGGGAAUGCCUAUUGCUAGAAGUCACAAGUUUUUCUACUUUGAACUAUUUAGAAAGAAUAAAUAUCGAAUACAUAUUUAUUGGCCACCAGGUGGCAGGAUAGGUCUGUUGUCUUGUUGUAUCCACUUUUAAACAGAUGAUUUCUACAGUAGAGCUGCAAUUUUAUUUUCUAUCAGCUGAACUACCAGCAAGUUGUUCAGAAAUCAGCAAAGUGUACUUGAUCCCAGAGGAUUUCUUGAAGGUAGGGCUACUGCAGACGGGCUACACAAAUCUGGAGGGCAGCAAACCAUUUAAUAAAACUUUAACUCUUUGAUAGCAUCAAGCAAUUAUUUGAAUUUUUGUGCCCCAGAUCUGGUAUCUCAAGUAAAGAUAAUGAGUGCAUAUAGUACAUCAGCCUUGUUAACACGUUUGAAGACUCUAGGCUAGACUCUAAGCAGUUCUUUUUGUCCUAUCACUUCAGUGUCUCAUAAACAGACACCAUCUGGCCCUAUCCCCUGCAACUUGGUAACUUAACUGGAAAGUGAUUUUCAUGUUAUUUAAAUGGGGCUCAUAUCUUGAGUUAUGGCAAAGGAGAGAAGGUUUAGGGCUAUCAGAUCCAGGCAUCAGGAAAAGGGUACAGAAAAUUUUCACUGGAUUUUUCAGUCCCAAUCUGAUAGCCAUAAAAAGAUUAGGGUAAGAUUUAUUACCAUAAUAAACUUAUAUGCCAUGAUUUCAAGAGGCCAUAGAUUUUUAUGUCUGUUAUUCUGUGUUUUAUGAGAGCUCGCCAGUUGCUAAAGUAUCUGAAAGCCAGAGUCAGUUAAGAGAAAUACAACAUUCCCGUUUAAACUAUAGAUUUUUUUAAAGACGCCAUUUGGAUUAUGUCAAAUGCAGUGAAGCCCAAAUUUAUCCACAAAUUAUGAAAGACGUAAGAUUGUUCCCUUUUUAAAAAAAAAAAGAAAUUAUAAGUAGGUCUUUUCUAUUUUAUAAUGAUUAUAAAAUUAUAACUCUUCAAAAAUAAAUUUGUGGUUUCCACUAUCCCUACUUUGUGAUGUAUAAAACUGUUGCCUUCCACCUGCAUUAAAUUAUAAUUCCCAAACUUCCCAACCUCUACAGCAGGGGUGGGGAACCAUGGUCCUUUUAUGACUUGCGGACUUCAACUCCCAGAAUUCCUGAGCCAUUCUGGGAGUUGACAUCCACAAGUCAUAAAAGGAAUGUACAGGAAUGUAAAAGUUGUAGCAAAUCUAUCCGGAGGAACUGUGAGAAAUAGGCCAACACUUGUCUGAAAUUCUUUUAAGGGAUGGCUGCAUUGUUUUAAAUUAUUAAAACCAGGACAAAGAAUGAAUAGUUUCAUUUUUUAUUGUAUUGUUCCAUGAACAGAUGGGCAAUGGUUUGGUGAUCUAUUUGUAAAGAAAAUAAAAUGAAGAACAAAUAUUUAUGUGUCAUCUCAUUUCUGCAUUGUGCUUUUUGAGAUUUUUCAUUUUAAAUAUUGAGUUUAGUUUUUUUAAAAUAUACUGGAUAUAAAUCCAUUACCCAAAGGAUACAGUGUUACCCAAUUUAGUACAUGGUUUACUUCUUUUGAAGAGAGGUGUACCUACCAGUCAGUCCUGUCUCCUGGUAAUCUCUUGGACAGGUCCCUGCAGUUUUCUUGGCAAGAUUUUGGAAGUAGUUUGCCCUUUCCUCCUCCUUUCUAGAGUUGGGGGGAAAUGACUGGUCCAAGGUCACUAACUGGAUUGAUGCCUAAAGUAGGAUUAGAACUCACAGUCUCCCAGUUUCUUGGAGCCUUAACCCCUGCAUCAAACUGGCUCUGUAGUUUAACAUGAGACAUUCCUAAAAUCUGAAAUCAAUUAUUCAUUCUGCUUGUCAGUUGUAAAUUAUUUACUGUGAUGAAUGGAAGUUCCCUAUU